AUGAGAAAGUCAGAGGCCUGUACUGGCAACAACUUCCCCGAAGGGUGUGAAUUCAAUAUUGGAAAUGCCUGUUUUGAGUUUGUUGGAGGGUCUGAGACCUGGUCCCAAGCCAGGAGCAGCUGUGAGAAGCGAGGAGGGGAGCUCCUUAAGGUGAUGAACACAGAGAUCAAAUUGUUCCUGAAGAACAUCACCAGAGGAAGACACACCAACCACUUCUCCUGGUGGCUGGGAGAGGGGGUCCAAGGCCUGUACCAGCAGGCGGAUAAGGAACUGUACCGAAUGGAAACCACAGUAGGGGAGCCCAGGGCCAAGAACACGGAGAAGUUCAUUGACAAUUUGUGGAAAGUCACUAAAAACCUGAAGUCAAACUUUUUCCAAAUGGUUAUGACUAAAGAUAAAAAAGACAUUGUUAUUAGUCACAUCAAAAACUGCACCAACGGCAUCCUCCUUCUCUCCAAAGAAAACUGUCACACCGAUAAUGACCCUAACCCGCCCACUUUGUUUGAGAAAUCCUUUAAUAUCUUUCAAGCAAUCUCCUUGCUGAUUGAUGUGGGAGAACAAGAAAAUGUUAUCAUCAAGUAUCCAACAGGCACCCUCUAUCAGAGCAGAAAAACACCAGCUAACCUCAGCAACUCUGUGCUGGGUUCAGUAAAAGAUGGUGAGUAUGUCAAGCUCCCCUCACAGGAAGCACUCGGGAAUCGGUUUGAAAGCUACCCAACAGUCAUCGCUCAGCUGGCUUCACUCUCACAGAAUCCCCAUCCGUCUGAUGGAAACAUCACAGGAACUGUUUGCAGCGUUACACUUAGUGAUGGCGAAAAAAAUGAAGACAUAAAGCUGGCCAACCUGACGCAGAUGAUAGAGAUUUUCAUGAAUAAUCCACAAUCUUCAAUACCGACAAACAAACCUGUUUUGUUGGAGUAUAACACAAAAGCUGUGACCACAAUCAACGUUUCUAACCCUGAAAGCACCCUCUUCGUUAGCGUGGAGCCCAACGCUAAUGUGUCCUUGCAACUUGUUUUGGCUGCAGGAUCCCCUCCUAACGAAACCCAUUUCAGCCACAAAACCACCUUGAGCCCAACAGGAAACUAUCGCUGGAUGAUAACCCCAGAGAUGUUAAGUAAGACUUCUGGAGUCUGGUAUGUUUCUGCCAGCCUCGUCAAUUCUACUUGGGUGUCGGGCCUGACGCUGAACAUCACCUCCUUUAUGGGCCAGUGCUUGUACUGGGACACAGACCACGAGACAUGGAGGGGUGACGGCUGCCAGGUGGGAGACAAAAGCACUCCGCAGCGAAUUCACUGCCUGUGUAACCACCUCACUCUCUUCGGGGGCUCCUUCUUUGUGAAUCCAAACUACGUGGACAUAUCUCGCACGUCGGAGUUGUUUGCCACCGUGUCUCAGAACUUUGUGGUUCUGGCACUGCUGUGUGCUUUCUUUGGGCUCUAUCUGAUCACUCUGGUGUGGGCCUGCUACUCUGACCGCAGGGCACGCUCUAAGAGGAAGAUGACCCUGCUGGAGGACAACCACCCAGGAGCUCAGUACAACUAUCUGAUCGGUGUCCAAACUGGCCAUCGCAAGAAUGCCGGGACUACUGCCAAUGUUACGGUGAAGGUGAUUGGCUCAGAGGGAAGCAGUGACACACACAACCUCACGGACCCUGAGAAACCUGUGUUUCAGAGGGGAGCCUUCGAUAUUUUCCUGCUGGCCACACCCUUCCCACUGGGCGAAAUGCGAAACCUCCGGCUGCAGCAUGACAACUCUGGAGGUCACCCAUCAUGGUAUAUAAACAAGGUGACCAUACAAGAUCUCCAAACACACCAUGUGUUUCACUUCUUUUGUGAGUGUUGGCUGAGUUCUGACCAUGGAGACAACAUGACCAAGAAGACCUUCAAUGCUGCAAAGAACAACGAGGUCACCAGCUUCAGGAAUAUUUUCCACAGCAGAACAUCGAAUGGCUUCAGGGAUGAACACAUCUGGGUUUCCAUAGUGGAUCCUCCCUCACGCAGUCCAUUCACUCGUGCCCAGAGGGUUUCUUGCUGCAUGUGCCUACUGCUGUGCACCAUGGCCAUCAAUAUCGCCUUCUGGAACAUUCCUAAAAAUGAGAACUCGCCAGUACUCGUAUCGUUUGGUUCAUUGGAAAUCACCUGGCAGGAGUUCAUGGUGGGGAUUCAGAGUGGUCUCCUCAUGUUCCCAAUCAACAUCCUCAUCAUCACCAUCUUCAGAAGCAUCCGACCUCGCGUGACAUCAAAGUCGAAAAAAGGAAACUCUGAGGAGAACUUUACACCGCCCCCAGUGACUAUAGCAACUAUUUUGAAGGAUACAGAGGAGGUGAUUUCUUCAGUGAGCAGUAGUCCCAGGAACAAGAUGUCAGACAUGCACAGACUGGAGUCCACCACUGACCUCUGCCUUGCCCUGGACAGGGUGCAUGAAUUCAUACAUCUCAUGCAAGGGGAGAGUGAGAGUGAUCAUCACUGGGUUUACUGCAGCAAGUUCCUCCUGGCCGCUCUCUGUCACCUCCUGAUGUGCCUGGAAAAACUGGGUGAAAGGCCAUUCCCGAGUGUGCACGAGUACCAGCACACCCUCAACCUCACCAACCUGCUGGUUCGCAAAGUCGAGAUGGUCCUCAGCAGCCAUUUACCCGCCUCCAGUGAUGAAGACGAAGAAGAGGUCGGCGAGCUGCUGGCUGCCUUGGUGGUGCGUGAUCCUGGGCUGGUUCCUGUUGCUGUCCAUCAGUGGAAUAUCCACUUACUUCACCCUGCUGUAUGGCUUUAG